GCAAGAUCCAUCUCUGAAAGUUCAACAUGACCGGCCGCGGCAAAGGUGGAAAGGGUCUAGGAAAGGGCGGAGCCAAGCGUCACCGAAAGGUUCUUCGCGAUAACAUCCAGGGCAUCACGAAGCCAGCCAUCCGUCGUCUGGCGCGUCGUGGCGGAGUGAAGCGUAUCUCUGGCCUGAUCUACGAGGAAACCCGUGGCGUGCUGAAGGUGUUCCUGGAGAACGUGAUCCGUGAUGCGGUCACCUACACCGAGCACGCCAAGCGCAAGACGGUGACGGCAAUGGAUGUGGUGUACGCUCUGAAGCGACAGGGCCGCACCCUGUACGGAUUCGGAGGUUAAAUGCCAUGCGCAAUUCGCGCCCGGAACUAGACGAA